UUCAGAUGUAAUAUCAGAUUAUAUGUAAAUGUAAAAAUAUUAUAUUGAUAUGCAUUAAGGUAAUUUAAAAGAAGUGAUUAAACAAAAUUUGUAUUAUGAUAAUGGAUAAUUACUGAACACCUGUAAUGAGUGUUGUGUACAGCCCCCACAAGUGUUACAAUGAUUGGAUAUUUCAGUGAAGCUGUUCAGUGUUGAACAAUAUGCCUCUUGGCAAUGAACAAAUUGUGAAUAUUUAAUAAAUGACUGUCCAAUAUGACGCACUUAAAAGUGUGGACAGUAUGGUACAAAUUACUUCAUAAAAGCAGUUGGUAUAAAAAGCAAACUUUACUGAGGAAAUAAUGUUGAGUUCAAUAUACGAUGAUAAUACAUAUUUGUUGGUGGAUAUUACAAGACAUGGUGUCAAGAGGCUGCUCCAGAGAGAACUUAUGCACAUGAGGCUACCCCAUAGAGAACUUGUGUACAUGAGGCUACCCCAGAGAGAACUUGUGUACAAGAGGCUGCCCCAGAGAGAACUUGUGUACAAGAGGCUGCCCCAAAGAGAACUUGUAUACAAGAGGCUGCCCCAAAGAGAACUUGUGUACAGAAGGCUGCCCCAGAGAGAACUUGUGCACAAGAGGCUGCCCCAGAGAGAACUUGUGUACAAGAGGCUGCCCCAGAGAGAACUUGUGUCCAAGAAGCUAUCAGUUGACUUAUGUGGUGUACCUCUUACCUCAAGGAUUAUACCAGUGACAUAAUAUAUGGUUUGAGGCGGCUACUAAGCUGCCUGUGUGACAAUGAAUCUAGUAGCCAUGGUUUGAGGAGGCUACUAAGCUGCGAAGAUAAAGCAAAGCAUGGUUUGACGAGGCUACUAGGCUGCCGAGAUAAAGCAAAGCAUGGUUUGACGAGGCUACUAGGCUGCCAAGAUGAAGCAAAGCAUGGUUUGACGAGGCUACUAGGCUACCAAGAUGAAGCAAAGCAUGGUUUGACGAGGCUACGAGGCUGCCAAAAUGAAGCACAGCAUGGUUUGACGAGGCUAAUAAGCUGCCAAAAUGAAGCAAACCAUGGCCUGAGGAGGCUACAAGGUUAAAUUAGUCUAAGGAGGUAAGAAACAGUGGCGUGUAGGACUGAGAAAGGAGAGAGACCAACAACAGCCUCCACCAUGCCCCAGACGGCCAAGAAGGCCCUCAAACUGACCACGGAGAUAGACAUCCAUGCGGUGUCGUGUCCCGGUGUGUGGCUGCCGGGACGGGGGAGGUGUUCGCUGUCCGUGUGUCUGCUGGGCUUCCACACCCGCACUAACAAGCUCCCGCCUGUCUUCCCGCUCCUUUACCACGAGAAGUUCAAGUUUGAGAGGACCUUUGUUGGGGUGAGGAACCUGAGCGUACUGGAGCGGGUACUGGAGGCGGAGACCGUGUACCUGGAGCUGGUGCAGGAGGAGACAGCUGGAGAGGCGGUGCUGGCCGUGUUCGAAUCCUCGGUCAGAGAUCUUCUCUUCCCCAAGCCCGCCGAGAGACUCUCUUACUCCGGCGUCGACCUCGACCUCCUCAUGGAGCCCACCAGAGACUUUCCCGGCAUCAUCUCUCCCAAGAUAGAGGUGUCAACAAGAACGAGUGUGAGUGAGACCAGGACGCCCCUCCACCAGUGUAGCCAAGACAACGUCAGCUUCGGACACGCCCACAACAGGACUACCAAGGCUGUGUACCGCUGCGGCUCCCCCGAGGAAGAGAAGAAGGGAGAGGGGGCUCCAGGGGGCGGCGAGGGCGUGUCUGGCGCCAUUGAGGAAGGCGACGUCAACGACCGUCCCCAGCUGGGCCACGCCAGCCCCAGACGGGGGGAGUAUGAUCGAGGACCGAGAGAGGACGCGACCAAACCUCGCUUCGUGUACCGUCGACCAGACGAUGACCUCCUGUCCCGCAUCCCCCCUUCUCCCUCUCGCAACACCAGAUAUCUUGGUAUCCCUAGCCGGUACCUGUCCAGGAGUACCGGUAACCUGAGUGACCUGCCCCGUACCUCCAUCCCCAGCAGGUAUGGAGGGGGGCGGAGUGGAGGAGGAGGAGGGGACCGCACCUCGAGUGAGACUGAUGGAGGAGCAGCUGGCCGCUACUCCCACCCGAGACGACGCCCCAAGGACGACCUCGGCCACCGUGCACACGUCACCCUCCUGGACCCAGAGCGGUGCCCCCACUGUGAUGGAGAACACGGAGCCGCCUCCUGCACCACCUGCCGCACCUACCACCGCUACUUCCCACGCCCGCCACGCCCGCACGCCCACACCCACUCCUACCACACCAACAACCCCCACGCCGCCCUCAAGGUCCUCAGACAGCCCGCCCAUCGACACCUGCGCCCGCGAAAGCGCUAUCUGGCGGAGAUUGAUGGGUUUGUCCACGGAGACCGAGGCAGACCGUCGCGUCGGGCGAGAUCGGCGUCACCUCAGCGUCGACAAGCCUCGCCACCGCCCGACAGAGCAGCCGACCAACCCUCCUCCGCCGCCUAUCCCAACAGGACCAGCGACCUACCCUCCUCCCGCCUUCGCAAGGACGAGGACGACCUGUCGGCCGAGGAGGACAACGACACCAAGUCACACUCCAGGUCCCACUCCAACUCCAGAUCCCCAUCGCCCCCUGCUAGCCACGCCUCCGCCCCUGCUGCGCUCAGUCAGCGCAGGACAAGGGUUUACAGGCGACCUCUGACCCCCGACGCCCGUCGCCGCCACUGUGACUCUGACGACGACACCUGCGACGACUUCUACAUCCCCAGGAGGUACUACCACCACCACUACUACCCCUGGGAGGACUGCCCACUGUGUUGGCCAGAAUACCCACACCUGCCUGGGUACCCUCGUCUUCCCCGAUAUGAUCGCUACUUGAGAAGACUUGGGUGUGUGUGUUGGUGUGCUCUGUGCUCUAGGCACACCCACUGUCGCACCUGUCGCCUCCUCUCUCGACCUCUCUACACCUGCCACAGAUACCGCUCCUCAUACCUCCCCUACCACCACAGACCCUACACAAGCACAUACCUCCGCAAUCUGGAUAUGAUUGACUCUGAUGACCUCAAUUUGAGUACCCCACAAAAACCCAGCAAGACACCCACCAAGACGGACAAAAAGGAAGGUGACACAAGCGAGGAUUCUGACUUGUUUGACAGUUCUCAGGUAGAAGAGAUUGAGGAAGGGAUAAAUAAGAAGAGCCAACUAGCGAAACGGGAGAAUUGGCUCAAGACCAAAAAACAUACUAAAGAUCCUGCUAAAAGUGAUAAAGAGGGGACAAGAGAAUCAGGGGAUCCUUCUCAAGCCCACAUUACAGGCACUAAUGUAAAUGAGGUACACAAAACAAACACUUCAAGUGCCGAGUUCUUUGACAUCGAUUGAUCAAAACAAAUUAGCAUGUUUACAUGUAACUACUUUACCCAAACACAGCAGUGCUGUUAUAUUGGAUACAGUAUUGUUUACUGUUAUACUAUGUGCUGUAUACUGCACACUAUUAUACUGUACUAUACUAUGUUUUAUACAUAUACAGUACUGUUAUACAGUACUGUAUAUUGUUAUACUGUACACAAACCUUAAUACUUUUCUGUCACAGGCAAAGAGUGAAGUGUAAUAGUUUUUUGCAAUUAUAUAUGGCACACUGUUGAAAUAUAUAUAUAUUAUGGUUAUAGAGCAUAUAUGAUUAAUGAAACUACUGUAAACAAAUCCACAAGGGCAGUGACAAGGAUUUGAACCUGCGUCCGGGAGCGUCCCAGACACUGCCUUAAUCGACUGAGUCUGGGGUGUCUGGGAUGCUCCCGGACGCAGGUGCGAAUCCUCGUCACGGCCCUUGUGGAUUUGUUCAUUUGAUGCAUCACGUUAGUGUGAUUUCUGUGUGUAAUGAAACUACUGUAGUUCUGUUUUUUAAUAGUUCUGAAUUUUAAAGUGCAUAAGGUUAAUGAUUUUAAGUGUAAAUUAGGUAAUAAAUUAUUUUGAGAUGUACCGAGUGAAAUUCAAGUAAUAUUGUUAACACAUUUAAAGAUGAUUUUACUGUAACUUGUUUUAGAAAGCCCAACCACUUGGACUGGUCUUGCUUGUUGCAAGUCAGUGUUCGAUUUCCAACCGUCCAAGUUGUUGGGCCCUAUUCCUUUCCUUCAUCCUAUCCCAAAUCCUUAUCCUUUGCAAAUCCUAUAUACUGUAGUCAUAAUGGCUUAGUGUUUUCUCCUGAUAAUUACCUUACCUUGUAUUAAGAUAAAAAUUAUAUGUCGCUUAAUACUGUCUGUCUUUCUUUCUGUCUCUCUCUUUUAUUGUGUUUGUGUGUGUGAUAUUACCUAAAUGUAGUUACAUAAUGAGAGCUCUGCUCAUGGUGUCCAGUCUUUCUUGUAAUCCUUGGCAUAUGACAUUUUAAAGCUUUAAUGAUUUUGGCAUCUUCCACCCUCUCAUCUAAACCAUACCAACUGUCCACAAUUCUGUACACAAAAAUUAACUUUCAUAAAUUUUUUAUCACCUUUGUUAUUUUAAGUAGGAUCUGCAGCUUGAAGUUGCAGGUUUAAAAAAGUCCCCUUUGUCAAUUAAUUACCAUUUUGAAUGUGGUGAUCAUAUUGCCUUUUGUUUUUCUGUCUAGUAGCUUUGGCCAUAUUUACCUUCUGUAGCUACUUCUCAUAGUUCGUUUUUUAGGUCCAGAAGCCACUUAGUAACAUGUCUUUGCAUCUUUUUGACUUUGUCAAUGUGCUUCUUAAGAUAUGAACAUCACACAACUGAUGCAUAUGGUAAUUUCAGUCUCGUCAAAGUGAUUUUGAAAUUUGCUAGCACAGCGUAGACUCCUCACGCAAUAUCUUUUAUGCAAUUCUCUGGUAAUAGUUUUCUAUUUAUAACCACCAGUAGCUCUCUUUUUGUCAUAUUUUUGCCUAAUUUAUAGGUCAAAUGAGGCCUGUUAUCCCUUAUUCCACAUUCCAUUGCACGACAUUUAUCGAGACUGAAUUCCAUUUGCCAUUUGUUGCUCCUUCACUUAUCAUGAUAGUUAUCUAGGUCUUCUAUUCUUCCUAUUAGCAUAGCAUCAUCUGCAAACAUACUCAUAUAACUAUGAAUCUCCUAAGGUGAUUCUUAAUAUCGACAAUGAGCAUAACUGAUGCUUACACUGAAUCUUGUGGUACUUCACUAGCAACAUUUCUCCAGUCUGAUGCAUUGGUGAUUCACUGCUUAUUUUUUUAUCAGAAAAGAUUUAUUCAAUCCAUGUCAGUAGUCUGCCUGUCACCCCCUUCUGAGUUCUAGUUUCCAGAGCAGCAGCUUGUCAAGAAACCCUUGUCAAAAGCUUUUUAGUGUAAGAUCUCAGUGGCUCCAUCAUAAAAGAUUAGUAGAUUUCUUGCACACAACCUUCCAAUUCGAAAGACAUACUGUCUGUUCAUUAUUAUGUCAUUUCUCUCCAGGUUUUCUGCUCAUUUGGAUUCAAUUACUUUUCUAACGAUUUGAUUAUCACUUGUCAGUGAUACAGAUAUAUAAUUUAGAGGGUCUUUUCUUGUUCAAUUUUAAUAUUGUAGAUUGGAAUAAUGUUUGCCUUUUCUAUAUAUCUGCUAGGUUUCUUGCUUGUAAGAGUGUCUGUAAAAUAUUAGUGGAAUGCUAACGGGGGAGCUGGUCGGCCGAGCGGACAGCAUGCUGGACUUGUGAUCCUGUGGUCCCGGGUUCGAUCCCGGGCACCGGCGAGAAACAAUGGGCAAAGUUUCUUUCACUCUAUGCCCCUGUUAC